GUAACUGAUGCCUUCGGGAAAAGGACAAUCAAUCAGAAAUCUUCCAUGUGUUGUAAUUCAGAUUUAUGUAACAUAGGACUUGCUUGUCCUGCAGGCAAAUAUGGCAGAACCUGUAUGUCUAACUGUGGACAUUGUAUAAAUAGAACUUGUGAUGGUAUGAGUGGCGCAUGUGUAAAUGGGUGCACUUCAGGAUGGACAGGAAGCAACUGUACCCAACCAUGUGCAGCAGGAACGUUUGGAAACAAAUGUAGCUAUAAUUGCGGUCAUUGCAGAAACGGGGGAACAUGUAAUUCUAUUGACGGCACUUGUACCCAUGGUUGCUCAGCAGGGUGGACAGGAAGUUUAUGCAAACAAAAUUGCACAUCGGGUAAAUUUGGAAUGAGAUGUGACAGUGACUGUGGACAUUGUAAAGACGGAAUGACGUGUGAUUUUAUAAACGGAACCUGUCCCAAUGGCUGUUCACCUGGUUGGAUUGGGGCUACAUGCAGUUCAC